AGCGGGAGCCGGCCCUGGAGGAGGCUGGCGUGUGUAGAAAGAAUGUCAGCAGCUUUUUAUUACUGAAGAGACACUUGUUAUCCCCAAUGUGCACAUGAAAUGGAAAGGAAGCAGAUUCUGGAAAACAACUUUUGUUUCAACCCUGCAAGAUGCUGGAUGAAGUGUGUAAAGAAGUUUAAGUGACUGCUCUACUUGAUCAAAAUGGUGGACACUGAAAGCCAGCUCUAUCCCCUUACUCCCUUGGAGGAGGAUGAUAUAGGCAGCCCUUUAUCUGGAGAGUUCCUACAAGAUAUGGAGAACAUUCAAGACCUUUCUCAGUCUCUAGGGGAUGAUAGCUCUGGAGCUUUAAGUUUAACAGAGUUCCAGUCACUGGGAAAUGGUCCAGGAUCUGAUGGAUCGGUUAUAACAGACACCCUUUCACCAGCAUCCAGUCCUUCAUCCAUUAAUUUUGCCACAGCUCCAGGUAGCAUAGAUGAAUCACCCAGUGGAGCAUUAAACAUUGAAUGUAGAAUUUGUGGGGAUAAAGCCUCAGGCUACCAUUACGGAGUACAUGCUUGUGAAGGUUGUAAGGGUUUUUUUAGAAGAACAAUUCGAUUAAAACUCAUCUAUGAUAAAUGUGAUCGCAACUGCAAAAUUCAGAAAAAAAAUCGUAAUAAGUGCCAAUACUGUCGUUUUCAAAAGUGCCUUUCAGUUGGAAUGUCACAUAAUGCAAUACGUUUUGGACGAAUGCCAAGGUCUGAGAAGGCCAAGUUGAAAGCAGAAAUUCUAACAGGUGAAAAUUAUGUAGAAGAUUCAGAAAUGGCAGAUCUUAAAUCACUUGCCAAAAGAAUUCAUGAUGCUUACCUGAAAAACUUCAAUAUGAACAAGGUUAAAGCCAGAAUCAUCCUUGCAGGGAAAACCAAUAACAAUCCACCAUUUGUUAUACAUGAUAUGGAUACCUUGUGUAUGGCAGAGAAGACCCUGGUGGCAAAAUUGGUAGCCAAUGGAAUUCAGAACAAGGAAGCAGAGGUUCGAAUCUUCCACUGCUGCCAGUGUACGUCUGUAGAGACUGUCACAGAACUUACCGAAUUUGCCAAAUCUAUCCCUGGCUUCUCCAAUCUUGACUUGAAUGAUCAAGUGACACUGUUAAAAUACGGAGUUUAUGAAGCCAUAUUUGCCAUGUUAGCAUCUGUGAUGAACAAAGACGGGAUGCUGGUAGCCUAUGGAAACGGUUUUAUAACUCGGGAGUUCCUGAAAAGCCUGAGAAAGCCGUUCUGUGAUAUAAUGGAGCCAAAAUUUGAUUUUGCAAUGAAAUUCAAUGCACUGGAAUUGGAUGAUAGCGAUAUAUCCCUUUUUGUUGCUGCCAUCAUUUGCUGUGGAGAUCGUCCUGGUCUUGUAAAUGUAGGACACAUUGAAAAAAUGCAGGAGAGCAUUGUGCACGUACUGAAACUUCACCUGCAAACCAACCAUCCUGAUGACAUCUUCCUCUUCCCGAAACUUCUCCAAAAAAUGGCUGACCUCCGACAGCUUGUCACAGAGCACGCUCAACUAGUUCAGAUAAUUAAAAAGACUGAAUCUGAUGCACAUUUACACCCUUUACUACAGGAAAUCUACAGGGAUAUGUAUUAAAGAUUUUUAGUAUUUUUUCCACAAUAUUUAAAGACAAGAGCAAUACUAAUAACAGAUGGGAGCAAAAUUACUUGCACAGUUAUCUGCUGUUCACUCAGUCCGGAGCAUGAAAAAUCUAAAAGCUGGGUAACUGGAGUGUUACACUUCUUUUGGUUUGGGAUCUUUUGUCGUCUUUUGAAAGAGUUCUGCAGAAAAAUACUGAUCAUAGUGCUCAUGAAGUGUCUUACAAUGGUUCUUUUAUUUGAAAAUUGGAAGGUUGGUAAGGAAUACAUAUUUGUAUAAUAAAUCAGAAUGUUAAGUAACAGAAAUGAACAAAAUUUUAUUUCCUCUUGGCUUAGUCAUUCUAGAAUUCAUAUAACAAAUUCAGCAAAUUCUCUCCAGGUAUCUGCACAGUCAUAAAGAUUAUGCACCUUUGGCUAACGGCAAUUACUGAGAACCAACUAACAGUUUUUCUUACAGCAGUCGGUCUAGGUGUAUCAAGUGGUUGGACAUUACUGUACAUAUGCUUCUAAAAUUUGAAAGACCUUUGAUCCGCUGCUGCUUUAAUUCCAUGAAAUGCAGUACAGCUUCAUAUAGUAUUACAUUACUACACCUUAGGAUUAGCAUGUUUAAAAGAUGGUUCUUUUAUGAAAUGAAAUAAAAUCCGAAGAGUUAUCUAAAAUACAGCAGAAAUGCUCCAUUCAGGUGUUUCUUGAUAAGUAAAUGUGAUAAAGCGACGGAGCCCUUUUUUUCAAAAGUGUUUUAAGAAAACAUGAAUAUGUUUCUGAGGAAAAAUAUAUCAUACCACGGGUAUUUUGGAGAACCUGUAAUAGCUCAAGAUGCAGUUUUGAACUUAAAAAUACUAUUUUGAAUUAGCAAGAGUUUUGGAGAGACUGAAAAAUCUGAUCCUAGCCCAAAAAAAAAGAAUUUCAGCUGCGCAGCAUUCUAGUGCAGUGAUAGCUUACUCUGAAGAAAUGAUUGUCUAGGAAAGGCACCUUCUUUCUUGACAAGUAUCUUGGCAGCAUAGAGUUGUUUGGACCUGCUUACUUUUCUGAUGAGUACACUGUUUCAGUUUUUUCCAGUUAUCCACUUGGAUAUAUUUCUUUCUAUUCCUUCUUAGGCCUUGUCAAUAGAAAUAUUGGCUAGAUUAUUUCACCAAAUUUUGUCCUUGUCCAUACAGCCAUAGUGGAUAAGGUGACAAUAUUACCAAGAACAGCAUUUGUAGGUGUCGAUUGUGUAAUAUUAUGAGAGAGCACAGGUGAGAGUAAGUUUAUCAUGUUCCUGAGAGCAAACUAUGAUUUUACAGUAGUACUUACUCCUGAUGCAAAAUAAGCCAUAAGGAAACUGCUUGACUUUGCCAUUUUACAGGAUCUUUUAUCAGAGAGUACUACACAAAAGUGCUAGUUGCAUGCAAGAUGCUGUGCUAUUUCUUUUUCUUUUCAUUUUUUUAAUAUGGUAACUUCACCUUAUUAUUUCCUUAUUUUACUAUUUUUUUCAUAACACAAAGAUCUCAGGAGCCAAUCUUAGCAUUUUCACAAUAGUUAAGCUUUCAGUGGCACAGGAGAACACUUUGUACUCGUUUUGUUGUAGCACAUUUGAAGACUUAAAAAUCUUAAACCUUCACUGCAAGAAUUAAUUAAGAUCGAUGAAGUGAGAACAUCACACUAUGAUUCUUAUUUUAGUCACAACGUGUGUUUCUUUACAGGCCCGUGGGCAUGGCUAGACACUGGAUAAAUUACAGGUUUUAAAGCAAUUUGGUGUUUAUCCAGGCGAUGGUCAUUAGCAGAGGUUUUAAUGUCAGAUAUAUUUAGUAUAAAAUAUUGAAGCAUAGGCCUCAAAUUUGGUGACCAGCUGGGGCGGGAUAGAAACAAUAAAUGCACGUGCACAAAACUCCCUCCCCUUCCCUGUCGCCAGUCGGCAACGGGAAGACCAGACCUGACGUUACAGCUACUUAAAACACUUCGUUAAGAGAAGAUUGUCGGUCUCACCAGGAAACAGCAGAGGAGAAAUGAGUUGUCUUUUUGUGUCUCACAGCGGUACGUAGUACGCCCUCAGAAAUGACAAGAGGAUUUUAGCAACGAUGCUGCUUUAUUCUUCAAGUCAGUCAUGUUUCACUAAGGAACUGUGAGGUUUAGGCAUUAAGACAUUGAGCAUUGAAAUAAUUGAUAUGCAAUAUAGGUUACUCAAAAAAAUUGUCAUAAUAUCAGCCAUUCUGUGACGGCAUACUGAAACUCUAAUAGCCAACUGGUUUUUAAGUUUAUCUUCUAAAAAAAGUGUAAGCUGAAAUUUUUUCCCCCCAAAGCUCAGAUUUAUGCAAAGGGCAAAUUUCAAAGUUGUGUUCCAUAGUUCGGGUGUACUGAUGUUUCUCAGGAAAAUCAGACACAGUCAGCGUGGACAAAAACUAUUUUUCCGGCUCUUGCUCUCAAAAGAGGCCAAAACACUUUACUGAAACUUUUAAAAAACAUGGAAAAUUUUAUUAUUAAAUACCUUUCAAUUCUUUAUAGUUUUGCUGAGAAUUUAACAGCAUGAUUCAGUGGAAAGCACAACGUUUAGCUAUGUUAGCAGACGCUUGUAACAGGUUCCUAUUAUUGGCAUUAGGAAAGUGCGUAAUCUGCGUUUUUCCUGUUCCAGAUCCAUUUUGUUUUGUUAUUUGAAAACCAGCAAGCAUUUUUUGACUAGUUCCUUGGACACUGAAGUUUGAUUUCUGUUUUAAAUUAAAUUGCAGACCUUUCAUGGAAAAAAAAAAAAAAUGGAAAGAACGCAUCUUUGAAUUACAGAAAUAUGAACAAGAUGUUAACAUAGCCUAAAAUUCUGGCUAGAUUCCACUGCCCACACUGCUGCACCAUGCACGUACCCACAGUCUCUUCAAAGAACAACACAGGGCAGACAGUUCACUUUUUUCUUAAUUCAGUUCACAGUUUUCUUAAUUUCUGCAUUACACUUUUAAUGAAGUACAUCAGCUACUUCAGUAGGUGACUGCAGCAGGCUUUUGCCAAUUGGAUUUCCAAAUGACUCAGUUGUGUUCGGGUUUUUUGGAGUUUGCAGUCGGAACUAGUUUGAGAUGUAUUACUGAGGAGCCUUCAGCAUCUGCCCCUUGUACAGAUCAUCUAAAAUUUUAAACUACCCAUUCUAUGGAGGGAAAUAAAGUGAUCAGAUAUUAGGAUUAAAAAAUUAUUAAAGAUUUACUGGCUUGUUAGGUAUAGAUCUGAUUCUUAUCAACAUAACUUACUUUACUAUCAUAGCACCAAAGAACUCUGGUUAGCAACCAGGUACCCACAAACAGCUUAAGACAAGAGACAACGGAUAGAGAAAAAUCCUAGGAAACAAUGGUACGAUUCAAGUUUUCAACAAAGCUACAGCCUACUCAUUUUUGAGGGUUGUUGGGGGCGGUUAUUUAUUUAUUGGGAUGCCCUAGGUACUUUGACAAAAGGGGAGAAAAAAAAAGGAAGGUUUUGUGUCAAGUGUUAGGGAAAUCUGAUGUUGAUUUUUUAUCUCCUUCUUAAAUCUUUUCUUUAAAGGUGCACCAUCUGCAGUGUAACAGCACACAACUGCCAUUUAAAAAAAAAAAAAUCAGUUACUUUGUACGUUUUUAAAUUUCAGACCCCUACUUCAAUUUUAAACACAAAUUGACAGAUGAUAGAUAGGAAUGUUUUCCACUUACAGAAAUGGAAUCUUUCUUUGCAUUUAAAGAAAUCUUCUUUUUUAUUUAAUUGUCAUUUCCAUGUGCCUUUGUGCUUUGGUUCUAGCCAGCUGCUAGAAAGCUGAAGUGUUGCCAAAGAGCAUAUUUUUGCAUUAUUUCUGGCCUGCACAGAUUUAGGAAAUACCAGCAGUAAGUCCGUUCUCAUGAGAGAGCUAGCACAAGUUUGCAAAUCAAAGAGCUUAUAAUAAGCAUCUAAACAUUUGUUUGUUUAUUCAAACUGCUAAAACUUGGGGAGAUUUAUUCAUCACGAGAGCUGGGUCACAUAGUCUUCAAUUUGCAUUUCCUCCUUAUUUCUAAUGGAAAGCCUGGACAACUUACACACCACCUCAGACAAAGCAGUUGGAGAAGUUGACCCUGUAGCUGCCUGUACUGUGUCUGAAGAGGAACAAUUUCAGCUCUGUCUCUCCUUAAAAGCAUCCCUGUUACAUAGUUGAAAAUCUGCAAUGACAUUUAACAAAUGCAUUUGCAGCUGUUGUGAUGUUGCUUAAGCAUAAGAUCUUACAAAUAAUGGUCCUUCCCUGAAAACCCUAAUCCUUUAGUAAGUGUUGAAAUGUAAGGUGUAGUGUGGUAUCUGGGGCUUGCUUGCAUCUCAAAUGCUUGAUAAUCAGUUGCAUAUAAUUUUUUUUAUCUAGGUUUAAUCAGCUUUAUUAUCCUUCUUUUACUAGAGAUUUAAAUUAUAUGUGGGCUUGAUCUAAGAUUAUUGAUAUUGUUAUGUAUUGUGGGAUUUUUUUAAUUUGGUGUAAUGCCAUUUCUUCAUGUUUCAAUUUGUAAAAUACAAGAAUAUAAUUGCAAGGUAUAAACGUUCACUAAAUUAUAUUACAGAGGUGCUUUAAGAAAAAUAUGUAAAUUAUUUAAUUUAAAUAUUUGUUUCAUACUUUAUCUUGUGAACCCUUUUGUACAGUGAGGAAAGAUUUACUUUUAUGGGGUAAGGAUGAUGGGCCUGAAGUCAAAGACAAACUGCUAUUUAUUCCUGUCUGGUCUUUAUUACGGUAUCAUUUGUGAAGAAGUAUCACAAAUUCUGCAACUUAUCAGUGUUUGGUAUUGACAACUGCUAACAAAUUUUUAGAAUAUAUUUUCACAUAGAACAUAGACUUCCUUUUAUUUAAUUUUAAUAAAAGUAAGUCUAGGUGAGGAAGAGCUGUAAUCCCAAAAUCAAGUUAGUAAUUUUAACGUUUUAACUCAAGUUCACCAAUAUGAAAGACUUUUAUAGAACUAAGUUCAUCUUUGCUUUACAGCACCGUAGUUUGUUUUCCUUAAAAGUCUGAAAAGAGAGCCAACAAGAGCAACGUUCUGUUAGUAUUCCAUUACUGGUAUUUUCUGAAGAACUGACAUAACCGUGUGUAUACAGGAUUAUUUCCUGCUACCUGCACUGAGGUUGAUCUGUGGUUUUUAUAGAUGUAUUUAAAAAUAUGUAAUUUGGCAGUACAAAAUGUUGAAAUGCCAUUGUUGGCUCUUCUAUAGGAGUGUUCCCUUUAUGGUUUGAAGUAGAGAUGAAUUUGGAAUCUGUUCAUUGGGAUUCUGUGUCUUGUGAUUCAGGUGUGACAAUCUGCCUACAGCAUUCCUGCUAACAAAUCCUGAGAGAGGAACAAAGUUACCUUUUAAAGGUACCUUUUAUUUUGCUGGAGUUAAAAACAUAGCAUCUAGUACAAGUGCAGUAUAUUACAAAUGUUCCAGCAAUGAUUAAUACUUACUGCAUUUUAUUUGUAGUACAUAAAAUUUUAUUUCCCCAUAUUGCUGCAACUUCAAAUUUUCCCUUGGUCAGCAUCACCACACAGGUGUGUUGUCUACAAAGAUGUUUGUGUCAUAUUUGUAAAAGCUCUCCUGCACUUUCUUGUGGUAACCUACAGCUACUUCUUUUCUCAAUUUCAUAGGCAGCAAUGAAAAAAAACUUGUAAAAGGUACUAACAGAUAUGUCACUUGACACUGUAAAUAUGUGAUACAAAUUGAUUGUUAACUAAACCCCUCUUUCGUUUUCUCUAACGUGCUUACAGGGUUUUUUAAAAUCUUUUUCAGCUUCUGAAGCUGGGUUGUUGGUUGUUUUUUUUU